AUGGGAAACGAGCAGUCCUCCAACCGUGGCUCUGCCCCCACGAAUAAUGCGCCGCAAAAAACCGAUUACUACGAGCUCUUGGCCGUCGACCGCCAGGCCACCGAUGAUGAGAUCAAAAAGGCGUACAGGAAAAAGGCCCUCGAGUUACAUCCCGAUCGAAACUAUGGAGACGUCGAGAACGCGACCAGAAAGUUCGCCGAGGUUCAGGCCGCCUACGAGGUUCUCUCUGACGCCCAGGAACGAGCCUGGUAUGACUCUCAUCGUGAUGCCAUUCUACGCGGCGAUGACCCGAACGAGACUGGCGGGACCGCCGAGUACUACAAUGUCCGCAUGACCACCGCCAGUGAGCUCUUCACCCUAAUCGGUCGCUUUAACUCGACCGUACCAUUCACCGAUGCCCCGAACGGCUUCUUUGGGAUCCUGCAGAACACUUUCGACUCUCUGGCCGAGCAGGAGAUCGCCGCCUGCGAGUGGGAUGACCAGCCCAUUGUCGAGUACCCAUCCUUUGGUUGCGCCGCCGACGACUAUGAUAGCGUCGCAAGGGUCUUCUACAGCGCCUGGUCCAAUUUUGCCACCAAGAAGAGUUUCGCAUGGGAGGACAAGUGGCGUCUGUCGGAUGCCCCUGAUCGGCGGGUGCGCCGGCUCAUGGAGAAGGAGAACAAGCAGCUCCGCGAAGAGGCCAGGCGCGACUUCAACGAUGCCGUACGCUCCCUUGUCGCCUUUGUGCGGAAACGAGAUCCCCGCUAUGUGCCAAAUACCCAGUCCGAGGCAGAGCGACAAAAGAUACUGCGCGAGUCGGCGCAGCAGCAAGCCGCCAGGGCCAGGGCUGCGAAUCAAAAGGCCGCGGAAGACUAUGUUGUUCCCGAGUGGGCACAGUCGAGGGGAGAUGACCAGGGACUGGAGGGGGAGUUCACAGAGAGUGAAGAGGAGUCCGAGGUCGAGGUCCUCGAAUGUGUGGUUUGCAACAAGACAUUCAAGACAGAGAAGCAAUACGAGGCGCAUGAGAAAAGCAAGAAGCACAUCAAGGCAGUACAACAACUCAAGAGGCAGAUGAAAAAGGAUGAUGUCAAAUUCGACCUCGACGACCCAAUAGCACCCGCCACGCUUGCCGACGAGGACGGGGGCGAUGACGUUGUAUCGGAAGAUGGAUUGGCGGAAGCAGAAACACUGCAGCAUAGCGAUGCCGGGUCUGAAGCGGCCCUUGAGAAGAUUACCGAUGCAAACAAGAGUGUGCCGACCUCCAAGGAGGAGCCCAGCAUAGCCUCUGAUGAAGAGGAUAGUGGGGAUGAUGAAUAUGCCCCGAGGGCCAUUGUUGAGGAUCGCCUUGCUGCGAAGCCGCCCAGCAACGGGGAUCGUGAUGAACUGGAGGAUAUUACCCACGACACUGAAGACCUGGCCCUUCAAAACACCGGAUUAAACAAAAAAGUUGGCAAGGCCAAGGCGAAACGGGAGAAGAAGGCAGCCAAACAGGCCGAGUUGGAGCAACAAGGUGCUUCACAGAAAUGUGCCGUGUGUGAUGAGCUAUUUGAUUCCAAAACCAAGUUGUUCAGCCAUCUCAAGGCGAACCCCAAACAUGCAGCCCCCGUCGGUAGCAUCAAAACAUCAAGCAAAGCUGCCAAGGCCAACAAGAAGAAGCGUUGA